AUGAGUUUUCAAGAUUAAGCAGAGAAAAUAUUCGGAGGCCUCUAAAAAGCCUUCAAACGAUUGGAGUUGGAAUUGGAAUACAAUUAUGAAAUAAUUUUGUCAAAAUAAAAAGCAUAUUAAGAAUCAUUAGGAAUGAUAGCAGAAUUAGAAUAGUUGGUUAUGAUUAGAAAUACUGAGAUUGAAAUAGGAGGAUUUCAAGAGAUGUCUUAGUCAGUCUCUUUGGAUGAUCAAGACCAUCAUCUCUUGAUGACUUAGUUGAAGGAUAACAUAAAUUUGGUUAAUGAUUACAAAUAACAAAUUUAGGAAAUCAGACGUUAAAAUUAACUCAUAAACAAAUUAGUUAAAGAAUAAUCUCACGUUAAUUCAUAGAAUCAGUCAUUUGAAUAUGAUUAGGAAAAUGAGCAUGAAAUUAAUUCAAAUUUCAUAUAAAAACGAUAGUAAAAGAAUGUGGAGAGAGUCAAGGAAAUAGAGAAGAAGAUAAAGGAGAAGCAAAAGAAUUUAUGCAAAAUGUAAAAAAAGAUAAAGGGCAAGGAGAAGGACUACGAUUAUCGUUUGCUUAAUUAAAUUGAGCGAUUGGACUCGGAUAUAGAGAAAAUAACACAUUAAAUAAAGUCAUUAAUUGAUUGA